CCACCAACAAUCUCAAAUAACCAUAAUCAUGGGUGUCCAAUCGAAACACUUCCUCAAUACCCCUCAAUCUCUCGUCGUCGAGUCGCUCGAGGGUCUCUGCGCAAUCAACCCUCAUCUAGCCAUCGAGCCCGAGAACAAGAUCGUGUACCUCGCUGAACCCGAUAAAUCAAACGUCUCAAUUAUCUGUGGUGGUGGCUCUGGGCACGAGCCAGCUCAUGCGGGCUUCGUCGGGGCUGGCAUGUUAAGCGCUGCCGUCUGCGGCCAUGUAUUUGCUUCACCUGGGCCUAGCCAGAUUCGCCGUGGAAUCGAGCUGGUGGACAACGAGAAAGGCACUUUGAUCAUCGUCAAGAAUUACACCGGCGAUGUGCUCAACUUCGGCCUUGCGAAGGAGCAAUACGCAGCUCAACACCCGAACAAGGCUGACCACGUAAAGUUCUUGGCUGUCGGAGACGAUGUUGCUGUUGGAAGGACCCAGGGUAGCAUCGUAGGUCGCCGAGGUCUUGCCGGGACCGUGCUGGUAUACAAGAUCGCUGGCGCCUUGGCUAAGACGGGCGCAAGUCUAGAUGAGAUCUACAACGUAUCUGAAUGGGUGGCGCAGAACGUAGCGAGCAUUGGUGUCGGUCUCGAGCACUGUCACGUCCCCGGCACAGCAGCAGCAGAGUCAUAUCUCAGCGAUUCCGAGAUUGAGAUCGGCAUGGGCAUUCACAACGAAUCCGGGAACAAGCGCCUUUCCCCAGUCCCAUCCCUGCACGACCUGACCCAACAGCUCCUCGACCUCCUGCUCACAACGACGGACCCCGAACGUUCUUUCCUCAAUGUCAAGGGCUCAGGUGAUGAAGUCGUUCUCCUUGUGAACAACCUUGGUGGGCUCAGUGAGCUCGAGAUCGCUGCUAUUGUCAGGGAGGUAGAAAGGGGUUUGGGUGGUAGGAAGGUGAAGGUACAGAGGGUGUUGGCUGGAACGUUCAUGACAAGUUUGAACAUGCCCGGUUUCUCUCUCACUCUCCUUCUCCUCCCCACCGUCUCCUCAUCUGGCCCCUCCGCCGACCUCAUCCUCAAGCUCCUCGACGCUCCCACCUCCGCCCCCGGCUGGAAAUGGACCUCCGGCACCGCUCCAUCCUCCAACCCUGCCUCCCAGCGCACGGCUGCUCCGCCACCUGCAAAGACUGCGUCGGCAGGGAAGAAGAUUCGCGCUCCAAAUCCCAAGGAGUUCGAAGCGGCGGUGGAGAGGGCUUGUCAGCGGGUGAAUAAGGAUGAGCCUGAGAUCACGCGGAUGGAUAACAUUGCAGGAGAUGGUGACUGUGGUUUGACGUUGCAGACGGGUGCCAAUGCUGUACUCGAAGAACUUAAGAGUGGUAAAGUCAGCGGCGAAGACGUCGCGGGCCUCGCACUCGCAGUCUCCAACGUCGCCGCAGAAAAGAUGGGCGGGACAAGUGGCGCCCUCUACUCCAUCUUCUUCGCCGCCAUCGCCCAAGGCCUCCAAUCCACCUCAUCCACCACUGCCGACCCCGAAACUUGGUCCAAAGCCCUGACCUCCGCAUUAGCCAAACUUUACACCUACACCCGCGCGCGUCCCCCCUCCCGCACUGUCGUCGACCCACUCUCCGCGUUCAUCGAGGCGUUCGCAGCGAACCCACAGGAUCUGAAGGCGGCGGUGAAGAAGGCGGCGGAGGCGGCGGAGAAGACGAAGGAUAUUGAGGCGAAGGCGGGUAGGAGUGCGUAUGUGGAGGGGGAUAGGUUGAAGAGCGAGCAGGUGCCGGAUCCUGGCGCUUGGGGUGUGAAGUCGAUUUUGGAGGCGUUGGCGGGGCUGUGAGGUGUUUCUGAUUUUUUGCGGAUCUAAAUGUAGUCUCAUUAGAACAGUGGUGGUGAUUGUAUGAUGUGUACAAUGGAAAUGCUCGAACAUACUACAUCAGUAGUGC